AUGUUUAUGGGUGGGUGUUGGGGUAUUUGGGGUGGGGUGGUUGGGGUGGGUGUGGGGGUUUGUGUUGUGGUGGGUGUUUGGGGGAUGGGUGGUUUGUGUUUGGUUUGUGUGGGUUGUUGUUUUGUGGUGGGGGGUUUUUGUUUUGGGGUUUGUUGUGGGGGGGGUGGUGUGGUUUUGUUUGGUGUUGUUGAUUUGUUGGUGUUGGUGGGGUUUGUUGGGGGUUGUUGUUUUUGUGUGGGGUGGUGGGUGGGUGGUGGGGGGGGUGUUUUGUUUGUGAUGGGUUUGGGGUUGUGGGUGUUGUUUUGUGUGUUUUGUGGUUUUUGGGUUGUUUUUUUGUUGUUGGGUUGGUGGUGGUUUGGGUGGUUGGUGGGGGUUGUGUGUGGGUGGUUAUUUGAUUAUUUUGUGGUUUUUUAUGAGGUUGUUGUGGGUGGGUGUUGUUGUGUGGGGUUUGUUUGUGUUGGUGUUUUUUGUUGUGGGGAGGGGGUGUGGGGUUGUUUGUUUUUUGUGGUGAGGUUGUGGGGGUUGGUUGUUUUUGGUGUUUGGGGUUUUUGGGUAUGUGUGGGUGUUGGUUUUGGGGGGGGGUGUUUGUUGGUUGGUUUGUUGGUUGGGGUGUGGUUGUUUUGUGGGGUGUUUGUGGUGGGUUGUGGUUUUGGUUUUUGUGGGGGUGGGUGUGGGGGGUGGAGGUUGUGUGGUUGUUGGGGGUUUGGGGGUUUGGUUGUUUGGUGUGGGGGUUGGUUGUGGGGGGGUGGGUGUUUUGUUUUUGGGGGUUUUGGGGUGGUUUUUGUUUUUGUUUUGUAUGUUAUGGGUGUUGUGGUGGUGGUAGGUAGGGUGGGUUGUAUGUUGUUUUUGUUUUUUUGUGUUGUGUGUGUUUUGUUGGGGUGUGUUUGUUUUGUUUGGGGGGGUGUUUGGGGGUUAGGUUGGUUUGUUGGGUGUUUGGUGUUUGGGGGUGGGGGUGGGGGUAUGUUGGGUGUGGGGGUUGGGGGGGGGGGUGGUGGGGGGGUUGGGGGGGUGGGGUGGUGGGGGGGUGGGGGUUUGGGGGGUGGGUUUUUGGUGUUUUGUGGGAUGGGGGGGGUGGGUGGGGGGGUUGGGGGGGGGUGGUGUGUAUUGUGGUUUUGUUUGAGGGGUUUUGUUUUGUUGGUUUUUUGGUGUGUUUUGUUUUUUGUGGGUGGUGGUGUUGUGUUUGGGUGUUUGGUGGGGGGUUGUGGUUGGGGGUGUUGUGGUUGUUAUUUGUGUGUGUGGGUUUGGGGGGGGUGGGGUUGUUGUGUGGGGGUUUGGGUGGGGUUGUUGGUGUUAUUUGUGGUGUUUUGUUGGGUGAGGGUUUUUGUUUGUGGGGGGUGGGGGUUUGUGGGGGGGUUGGGGUUUGGGGGGGGGGGGUGGGGUUGGGGGGGGGUGGGGGUGGGGGGGUGUUGGGUUUGGGGGUGGGGUUGGAGUGUGGGUUGGGGGGGGGUGUGGGGUGGGUGGUUGGGUGGGUUGUGGGGGGGGUGGGGGGUGGGUGGGGGUUGGUGUGGGUGUGUGGGUUGGUUGUGGUUUGUUUGUGUGGGUUGGUGGGUUGGGGUUGUUGUGGGUGUUGUGGUGGUGUGGGUUGUUUUGUUAUUUUAUUGUGUUUUGUGUUUGUGUGUUUGUGGGUGUUUGGGGGUGGGGGGUGGUUGUGUGUUUGUGUGGUGGUGGUUUUUGGGGUUUGGUGGUUUGUUUGUGGGUUUUGUGUGGGUUUUGUUUGUUGUGUGGUUGUUUUUGGGGGUUGGGGUGUUUGGGGGGUUGGGGGGGUGGUGGGGGUGUUUAGUUUUUGGUGGGUUGUGGUGGUUUGGGUUGUGGGUUUGUGUGGGGUGGGGGGGGGGUGGGUGUGGUGUGGGGGUGGGGUUGUGGGUGGUGGGGUGGGUUGGGUUUUGUGGGAGUUUGUUGGUGUGUGGGGUGUGGGGGUGUUGGUAUUGUUGGGGGUUUGUUUGGGGUUGUGUGUUGUGUGUGGUGUUUGUGGGGGGUUUGUUUGGUGGUGUGUGGUGGGGGGGUGUUGUUGGGGGGGUGGUUGGGGGUGGGGUGGGGUGGGGGUGUGUUGGGGGGGGUUGGUUGUGUGUUGUUGGUUGGGUGUUGGGGUUUUGGUGGGGUGGUUUUGGUGGGUGUUGUGUGUUUUGUGGGGUGGUGUUUUUGGGGGGUUGUGGGGGUUUUGGGGUUGUGGUUGUGGGGUGUGUGGGGGUGUUUGUGGUUUGGGGGGGGUUGGGGGUGGGUGGUUGGGAGGUUUUUUGUGGGUUUGGUGUUUGUGGGGGGUUGGGUUGGUGGGUGUGUUGGGUGGGUGGGUUUGUGGGGUGUGUUUGUGGGUUUUGUUUGGUUGUUGGGGUUGUGUGGGGGUUGUUUGUUGUGUGGUUGGGGGUUGAGUUUGUUUGGUGUUUUGUGUUGUUUUGGUGGUUUGGGGGUUUGUGGUUUGGGGUUGUAUUAGGAGGUGUUUUGGUGGUGUGGUUUUGGUUGUGGUUGUGUUGGGGUUUUUGGGUGUAUUUGGGAAGUUUUUGGGUGUUGUUGGUGAUGGUGGUUUGGUUGGGGUUUUUGGUGGGGUUGGUUGUUGAGUGUUGUUGUGUGUUUUUUGGGUUGUGGUGUUGUGUUAGGGGGUUUUGUUGGUGUGUUUUUGUGGGUUUGGUUGUGGUGGGUGGUUGGUGGGUUGGUGUUUUGGUUGUUGGUUUUGGGUUUUGGUUUUUUUUAUGUGGGGUGUGGGUUGUUGGGUGGGGUGGGGUUUGGUGUUGGGUGUGGGUGGUAGGUGGUUGUAGUUGUUGGGGGGUGGUGUUGGUUGUGGUUGUUGUUUUGUUUGUUGGUUUGGGGGGUGUUUUGAGGGUUUUUUGUGGUGGGGGUGUGUGGUUUGUUUGUGUUGUUUUGGGUUUGGGUUUUGGGGUGGGUUUUGGGGUUUUUGUUUUAUUGUUGGUUGUUGGUUUUUUGGGGGGGGGUGGUGGGGUGGUGUGGUUGGGGGAUGUGGUUUGUGGGGGUUUUUUGAUUGGGGGGUUGGUUGGUUUUUUUGGUGUGUUGUGGGUUUGUUUGGGUGGUUUGGGAUGGUUUUGUUGGUGUGUGGGUUGUAGGUUUGUUUUGUGUUGUUGGGGGUUUUGGGUUUGUGGAUUUGUGGUUGUGGAUAUGGGUUUUGAGUUUGAUUGGGGGUGUGUGUUUUUUAUGGAGAGUUUUGUUUGGUUUGUGGUUAUAGUAUUGAAGGAGUGGGAUGGUUUUGGGUUUGUGUUUGUUGGUUGGGGGGUGGUUGUUUGUUUUUUUGUGGGGGUGAGUUUUUGUUUUGGGGUUGUGGUUUGGUUUGGGUGGGGGGGGUGGGGUUGUGUUUGGUUGGUGUUUGUGGAUUUGUGUGUGGGUGUUUGUGUUUUUGGUUUUGUGGUGUUGUGGGUUUUGGUGUGUUGGGUUGGUGUUGUGUUUUUGUUGUGGUGUGGUUUGUUGGUGUGUGGGUGUGGUGGUGGUGUUGUGUGGGUGAUGGUGUUGAGGGUGUGUUGGGUGGUGAUUUGGGGUGUGUGGUGGUGGUUGGGGUGUUGUUGUGUGUUGGGGGUUGGGUUUGUGUGUGUGGUUUUGGUUGGUUAUGUAAUUGAUUUUGUGUGUUGGGGUUUGGUUGGGGUUGUUGGGGUUGAUGAUAUUGGUGGUGGGGGGGGGUUUGGUUGGUUGUGA